AUGAUCUCCGUCUCUACCCUCGCUCUUGGCCUUCUGGCCGCCGCCCAGGCUGUUGAGUCUGCCUCGGCCGGUUGUGGCAAGGCGCCCCCGUCGUCGGGCACCAAGUCCAUCAACGUCAACGGCAGGCAACGCCAAUACAUCCUCCAGCUGCCCAACAACUACGACUCCAGCAAAGAGCAUCGGGUUGUCUUCGGCUACCACUGGCGUGAUGGGUCCAUGAACGACGUUGCCAGCGGCGGCUUCUACGGCCUGCGGUCCUUGGCAGGCGACAGCACCAUCUUCGUCGCCCCUAACGGCCUGAACGCCGGGUGGGCCAACAGCGGCGGUGAAGACAUUACCUUCACGGACCAGCUCGUGGCCAUGGUGAAGAACGAUCUCUGUGCCAACGAGAACGAGUUCUUCGCCACCGGCUGGAGCUACGGCGGAGCCAUGAGCCACAGCGUGGCCUGCUCUCGGCCUGACGUCUUCAGCGCCGUGUCCGUCAUCGCCGGCGCCCAGCUCUCGGGCUGCGCGGGCGGCGGCACCCCGGUCCCCUACCUGGGGAUCCACGGCGCGGCCGACAACGUGCUGCCCAUCUCGAUGGGCCGCCAGCUGCGGGACAAGUGGUUGCAGACCAACGGGUGCGCCUCCAAGAACGCGCCCGACCCGGGCGCCGGCCAGCAGAACCACAUCAAGACCACCUACAGCUGCUCCAACGCGCCCGUGACCUGGAUCGGCCACGGCGGCGGCCACGUGCCCGACCCGUCCGGCACCAACGGCGUCAAGUUCGCCCCCGGCGAGACCUGGGACUUCUUCAACGCCGCCGUCUCCUCCGGCGGCGGCGGCAACCCCAACCCCACCGACCCCGGCACCCCGACCACGAACCCGGGCACCCAGCCGACCAACAACCCGGGCACGAACUGCUCCCCCAAAUGGGCCCAGUGUGGUGGUGAUGGGUGGUCUGGCGCCACCUGCUGCGAGAGCGGGAGCACUUGCCGCGCUUCGAACCAGUGGUACUCGCAGUGCAUCUAA